AAGGAAGCAAUUGAGCGAGGGACUUUAGCUGCUGAUAGCGAGUUUUGGUGUAGCAUUUGAGCUCUUGGGACGUCUAUCUUCUCGUAUCUUGUGCCUAUGAUACAUAAAUGCUGCAUCGAUUUGUCUGUACAAUGUGGCUAUACACGCGUGGUAAACUCAUUGAGGAGUCUUACCAUUUUUGAACUUGGAACCUCUUGUAUCACCAUCACAAUGACCGAACGAUCCAAUUCUUUCGACCAAGAGACUGUCAAUAAACUCGAGAAACGCCUUAGCCAGCGACCUGAGAAGACCGAUCUUGUCGAUCGCAAUAUUCUGAAAGACGACAAAGGGAUUGCACCUUCACUUGUUGCGGCAAAAGAGAAGCUUCAACGUUCUCAACUUGAGGAUAAGCUGGGCCAGGCAUUGCAACAACGCCCAAAGCCAGAGGAGUUGGUCAAAGAAGGGAUCCUCCUUGAAGAAGAAGCUCCUCCGAGUAGAGCAUAAGGAUAUAAAUGAGUGGGGGGGUGAACAUUAUGGAUACGGUUAAUUUAUGUCAUGUACUAAAAGGAAUGGAUAAAUAUAAAGCAUAAACUGAAAAGGGACAAGAA